GAAGUGCAAAGGUCAAAGUUUAAAUAUAUUUUCAGCAAAAAAUCAAAACAAAAUAGAUCAAACAUACCGACAAUGGAAAAAUCUAAAGCAAGCAUCAUUGCAAGAUUACAGAGUAAUAUCCAGUGUACACUUAGGCCAGGUGUUUGGCUGCCAGGAAUCCGAAACCUUCAUAGUCAUAAAGAAAAAUGGAAGUUAAACAGUGAGUCAGUUAACAGUAAUUUAGAAGCUGUAGUGAAAGCAUUGACUGAAGUGAUACAAGAAGACAAGACCAGAUCCUACUGGCUCAUAAACAAGAAAGAGGUUGGACUCCUAGAAGGUUUUCUGCAGGUGUUUGUCUAUACUAGGGCUGAAUGGCUGGACAUCAUUGAGAUCAAGUUCUCUGGCAAGAAUGCUGAGGUCUGGUCAUUUUCUUCAGGAUUUUUACCACUUUGUGUUCCAUUUGCUUGCUUACUGAAUCCGUUUUUAUUUUGGAUUCCAUUUCAUGACAUGAAGUUAAAUAAACACAGAAUCAACAAGAUCAUUUCAGCCUUGCACAUUCCAGUGGAACGCAGCUAUUGAUGUUAGGGACAUUUUAAUGUGUGCAAUAUUAUUAGAUGAUUGUGAGACACAGGUACAUUAUAUAUGUAUAUAUAGAAAAUGAAGAUAUUAUAAAGAUACUAAAGCAAAGUAGGAAAUCCAGUUGUUAUUUACAUAGAAUGACUAAAACUACUUAAGGCAAAAUAUGCAAUGUCCUAAUUAGAAAGAUAUUUAUUUAUUAAAAAUUAUUCACAAAUGAAAAGAAAAAUACAAAUGAAAAAGGAGUUUAUUUAAAACAUUAAUUAUUCAUUGUUUUAUGUCUUUUUAAAGUUUUUUUUAUAUGUAAAUAUAAAGCAAACAAUCAGUAUUGAAAAGUAAUACAUAUACCUCAGUCAGUUUCAUACUCUUGCCUAAACAAACUUAGUCAUGCUACACAUUGCUGAAUUUGUUCUCUACAAUGUCUAGGCAAGUUUGAUAUAAUGAAGCUAUUUCUUGUUAAGACAACACUAGGCAUUCUAUAGAAGUCCUCAACAUCUAGCUCUAGCACUCAUUUCUAACUAAAUCCAAAAGCUCAUGUUGUUGUCUAUUGUUUCUGCAGGACAUUUUUUGUUUUUUAUUUUAAGAAUUUUAAUUUGGUUUUUAAAUGAUUAAAUAUAAAUUUAAUUGAUCUCUAAUAUGCUAUGAAAUUAAUGUUUCUUUUUUUUAAUAUUGAUGCUGUUAUUGUAGCUUUAAAUAAUUAUCACAUUGUUAAAGUUUUUCUAAGACAUUUUCUUUAUUGUAUUGUUACACUAAUUUAUUGAAGGAUAUGCAUAACAACAUUUAGGAAAGAAUUACAAAACCAAAAUGUCUAAUUUACUGCUGUUAGGCUUAUUAAUUCAUAUGUAGCAUCCAUGUAUUAACAAAAGUUCAUAAUUAAAUGAAUGUACUCCUUAUUAAAAUAGGAGUAUUGAAAAAUGUAUUUCUUUGAAGUACACAUUUGUGGAGUAUGGACAUUUACAUUUUAUCAUUACCUUAAAGUAUGGAGUAUGACUUAUAAUACUCUAAAAGAGUGGGGUAUGAAAUUGUAAGUCCUAUUAUUGACCUACUUCAUUUAGUUGAAGUGUGAGUAUGUGAAGUCAAGCCAUAUUAUAGUUUUCACUUAACAGGUUAGUAUUGGGGUGCCAGAUUCUUGCACAGUUUCUGGUGUGUCUGUUUUAACAGAUAUCUUAUAAGACAAAUUUCCUUUUUCUUUCCCUAGAUGCUUAGUGCAUUUGACUUUUUUUUUAAUACUCGAUUUAAAAAUUGUUAUUAAUCUUGUCCAAUUUAUUGUGUAUUUCUUUGUUAGGGCUUAAAUAAUCGUUAUUUAUAGUUGACUAUAUGUGCAUAUAUAAGUGAGCCUUAGUAAGGUUUUGAUCACCUCUGUAGAUCUCUGGUAUUUCCAUGACAUUAAGUCAAUACUGCCUUUGUAUAAGACAUUAGUGCAGCAUUUUCAUCUAAAUGAAAAAAUAAGUCUUCCAUUGUUUUUGUUUUGAAAAGACUCCGUCACAGAUUUAGAGACUCUUGCGAGAAAAGCUGAAAAGAAAAAGCCAAAACGUCUGGCACCAGAAAAUAACCUUGUUUCAGUCCCUGCCUUACUGAGAGAUGUCCUGGAAACAGAAUGAUCAAAAACUGCAUAGUUCCUUGUAUAGUAUCAGGGAAACCAGAUUUAAUCAACUUUUUGCAGCACUACAAACUUUCUAGCAUCUAAAAAAAUUUAAAAAGCCAUCUAGAAUCACUCUCUUUUGUCUCUUGUUAAGUUGUUGUGAGUUUUGACAAUUGUUGAUCGAUCUGUCCUUAAGUUAAACUGGGAUAUAGGUUUGCUCUUCCUGAAGAAUCAAUACCUUUGUCAGAAGUAGGCUUACUCUUGCAUAGACUUUCCAUUAAUGCUUUUAAUCUUUUUUGUUAUUAAUCAUUACUGCCUCUUAAAGACAUGGUUUAUCUAUAGGCGUUUGUUUUUAUCUAUGCCAUAACAAGGAGUGGUUCCUUCUAGAUCUACAUAUCUAAUUCAUCCGGGUAGUUGCCAUCUGUUUCAAUGUACUGACAAUCUUGUGUAAAUACUUAAUCUCGUUUAAACACAUUUGGCUAACGAAUGGCAUGAUGACAUGUCACUUAGUCUUUGGAAGGUGAGGUCACAAAAUGAAGCUCAUUAAUUAAAAUAGAUAGCACCAUGAAAGACAACCUGAUCGAUUGUUAUUUGUUUUGGUUUUGAAAGCCAAAUAUUUAUAUUUCAUAUUAUUUUCGAAGAUUAUUUUUAAUAAAUAAUUGGUUACACAA